CUGCCGACGACGAACCUCGGUUUCCUCCCGUGCUCUAUCGACCCAGCCUUCGGAGUGCCCUCGGGUACCUCCGGGACAGCGGGGCUCGCCCCCCUGCUGUGAUGGCGGCUCGAGACGUCUGGGCUGGGGUCGUCAGUAAAAUCGCGCAGUGUGGCGCGGAGACUUCGGUCUUCGUGCUCGCUGUGUGGGAUGACGUCCUCCGAACGGCGUUCACUCGCCCGUUCAUGUGUUUUGUGCGCGCGAAUCUCUCGAUUCGCCGCUCCCUUCUUAUACCAGACGGCGACGCUGUCGCCUCUGCUACUACCGUGUUACGCGCCGAACGGAGCAAUCCGUCGGCGCAUCUUCUGUGAUAGACUUGAGCGAGUACAAUCUGUACACGCUCGUCACCAUCUGGAUAUAUCUUCUCGCUCGCUGGAUUCUUUCGCCGCCCACGACUGGACCUGGCCGCGCAGCAAGAUUUCUGUGGAGGGGCUUUGCGACUGCAAAUGCCCGGAAAUCGGACGAAGACGUUUAUCGUCUUCGACGUCCGUGCGGGCUAACGCACGGUGCCCGUCUCUGGUCGCAAGAUAUCGCUGGGCACGAGGAGCUCUGGCGGGCGACUUGAGGUUCGUCAGGUGCGUGGUCGGUCGCUGGUUGGGCGGUCGGAGGUUGUGCGCUGCACAAUCAUCCUUGUACCUCCAACUCGCUGCUGGCCUGCAUACACAAUUUUUGGAACCCCUUGCACUCUUCGCGAGUGUCGUGUCCGGUGGGCCCGUAGUUGAGCUCAUGUUGGUAGUAACUUGUAUCCCC